AUGAUUAAACAACAGCAACCACAACAACUUAAGGCACAAAGCACCCAGGUCCUUCAGACCAUUACAUACGCCAUAUAUGCAUAUAAUUCGAAGACGGCAGAACAAACGCAAAUGUUGAAAUAUGGAGAUUUGGAGAUAGUAUUGAAAAAUGACCGUUUCGAAUUCGUUUGCAAAGGUGGUGCAGUGAUAUCAAAUAUAAAAGAAAUUUUAUUUAUGAAUUCAAAAAUUAAAGGAAUAACGGAUGAUAUAACAUCAAUUCCACCAGAAGAACAGAGAUAUUACGCAUUAAAUGCAUUUCCUAAAGUUUUGAAGAUUGGAAGAUUUAAUUUAAAUGAGGAAUUCAUAGAAGGUUUCCUAAAUGACAUAAUGAAGAAGGUGGAUAAGGAAUAUGUGGAUAGUGAGUUAAAUAAGAAGGCAAAUUUGGUUUAUGUGGAUGAAAAAGAUAAUGAAAUUAAAGAAAGUGUUGAAUGGUAUCAUGAAUGGACAUCAAAGAUUUUAAAAACUAAAGCCGAUACAGGAUGGGUUUCAGGAUGUUUAGACCUUAAAGCGGAUAAGGAAUAUGUGGAUAGUGAGUUAAAUAAGAAGGCGGAUAAAACAUAUGUUAACGAAAUAUACCAAAGUUUGAUAGGAACAAAAAAUAUUGAAACUAUUGUUGGUGACUUUUCUGUCAAUGAAGAAAAUAAAUAUUUUAGAUGGCAGUUUGUACACUCCUUAAAAAAUGGUACACAGUGUAAACUCAUUCCGAAAAAUAACAAUGAAAUGUAUGUAAGCUAUAAAAAGAAUGAUGGUACACAAGUUAAAGUUCCAUUAGACAACAACUGCUACUUAAACUUAUAUGGAGACGAACAAAAGAAAUAUUUAAGAGUUUAA